ACCCGGAUGUAAUACUUCGUAACAAAAAAUUGCCGGGAACCUUUCACUGUGAAAACAAUUGCCGUCACCGUGGAAAGGAAAAUAUCAAUAUAAGCAUUUUUUUUUUCUUUAUUUGGCGUCAGUUAAAGUAGCUUCUGUUUCUGUUGUUGUAUCGUGAACCUAACGCGAUCGAAAUGGACGAAUAUGACGAACUUUUCGAGAUAGAGGACAACUUCGACGACCAUUACGCCGAUGAGCUCGAAGUGUUAGCUCAGAUGGAAAAUGAAUCGCCUAAGCCAGCAAAGCAUCAGACACGUCCAGGUGACGACAUCUCAGACAUAGAGCACCUGUUGGAUGAUCAACCCAUCACUCCAAAGGCAAAGCGGCAGAAACAAGAUGUGGCUAAACGACUUUUCAACACAUCGCAAGAUCAGCAGAAGAAAGUCCCAUCGCAGCUUGAUGACAUCACACCACCGUCAUCUCCUGAGCACUAUGAGCCCCCUCACACUUUCAGGUCUUUUCCUGCUGCAUUAGACAUCAGUGGCUUGACUCUAAUACCAGAGACUCCCAGAAGACCUCCUACAGAUACACAAACAUCUCUCCACGUGCUGAAGCGACCGCCUCUGGAGGGAGAAUACAUCAGUGUGACGGGUUCAUCUGGUAAUCGAGUCUACCUCAAACAGAAAGAAGACACGGAGUCUAAGAAAGUGGACUCCAGAAUAGUCCCCAACUCCUAUGGUGGACUGGGACUGUUGACUGUGCCAAUAAGAGUGCUUCGAGAACAAGAGGCAGAAAGGCGUCACCUGCAGGUCAUUGAGGAAUCACAGCGUCUUACAGAGCUGCUUGUUAGCAGCGUGAACGAUGUGUUUACAGAGUCUGAAAAUGAAGAUCCUGACGACAAAGAUGGCCGAAUGUCUCGACUGUGGGUGGACAGAUUUUCUCCUCGCCAUUACACGGAGCUUCUCAGCGACGAUUUUACCAACCGCUGUCUGCUGAAGUGGUUGAAGCUUUGGGACACUGUUGUGUUUGGAAGAGAGAGGAAGGCCCGCCCUGCACGGUCGGACAGACAGGCUGCUAAUCAGAAGUCUUUCAAACCCAAUCAAGGAAAUCAGAAUCAAAACCGCUUCAAGAGCAAGAUUGAGAUGACCGAGGAGCUUUUGGAUGCUGAACUGGACCAGUACAAACGACCCAAAUUCAAAGUGGCAUUGCUGUCUGGUCCCCCAGGUUUAGGGAAGACAACCCUUGCUCAUGUCAUAGCAAAGCAUGCUGGAUACAAUGUGGUGGAGAUCAAUGCCAGUGAUGAUCGUAGUGCAGAGGUGUUCCAGAAACGCAUCGACACGGCAACACAGAUGAAAUCAGUUUUAGGAGUCAACGAGAGGCCGAACUGCCUCAUUAUCGAUGAGAUUGAUGGCGCGCCUGCGGCUGCCAUCAACAUACUGUUAUCAGUUCUAAACAGGAAAGAUGGACACGGUGGCCAGGCUGACGCAGAGGCUGCAAAAAAGAAAAAGAAGAAGGAGUCCAUUCUGCUUCGACCAAUCAUCUGCAUCUGUAACGACCUUUAUGUUUCAGCUCUCAGACCUCUUAGGCAGCAGGCCUUCCUUCUGACUUUCCCACCAACUCAGCCUUCCCGCCUCACGCAGAGACUGUCAGAGAUCUCACUCCAGCAGGGGCUCAAGGCAGACACAGGCACCCUGAUGUCGCUGUGUGAGAAGACGGACAGCGAUAUCCGCUCUUGUAUCAACACACUACAGUUUCUUCAUGGUCGUGGCCUCAAGCAGCUGGACACAAGGACGAUUCAGUGUGUCUCUAUUGGACAGAAAGAUCAGAACAAAGGCUUUUUCCAUCUGUGGCAAGAGAUCUUCCAGUUACCACGAACUAAACGAAAACGUAUCGGUGAGGGGUUUGAGGAAGACGCACUGAGUUCAGGAAGUGGAUCUCAAAGGUUCCAGCAUAUUCUACACCUUGCUUCUUCCAGUGGGGAGUAUGAAAAGGUGUCUCAGGGUCUGUAUGAUAAUUAUUUGUCCAUGCGUGUGCGGGACCCCAACCUGCAGAGUGUGGGCGAGGCUCUGGAGUGGCUGUCGUUCUCAGACAGGCUGAACCAAGUGAUUCUUCACGGACAGAACUUCUCUCUGAUGAAAUAUCUGCCAUUCCUGUCCGUCACGUUUCACUUCCUGUUUGCUCACACACAUGUGCCCCGCAUCAGCUAUCCCCACAGCCAUCAAGAGGCCUUAUCGCGUCUCCUCAGCUGCAGGAAUGCUUUGUCCACCAUGUUGGCUGACAUCCCAGCAUGCAUCAGAACGAGAAUCAGCCAGCUCAGCCUGACCCUCGAUAUUCUCACGUUGCUUCUUGACAUCAUCUGUCCCAAAUUGCGGCCUGUUAAUCCACAGCUAUUCAGCAGCAGAGAGAAGGAGCAGAUGCGUGAUCUAAUCAACACCAUGCUGGCCUACAACCUCUCAUACAGGCAGGACCGCACACCAGAGGGGCAGUACACAUACGUGUUGGAGCCACGUGUUGAGGAGGCGGCGAGGUUUUCCGGCUUGCCGCCGCACCGCCAGCUCACAUAUCAGGCCAAACAGACCAUCAGCAGAGAGAUGGAGCAGGAGAGGAUGAGGAGAGCCGAGCAACUGAUGCUGCAGCGAAACCCUCCAAAGAAAGAAGAAGCUAAAAGGAGUGCUGGACCUAAACUAACCCAUAACCAUCAGCAGAGGUUGGAGAACAUCGUCAAACAGACCACAGUGGAGAUCAGGCCGGAGGUGGAUUUCUUUGGUCGAGCUGUUGCCCCCAAACCUCAGAAACUGCAGCGGUCCUCUGACACAGGUGAGAAGAGUGCAGUUCUGGCUAUGGGGACAGCUGUGGGCAACAGUGAUGUGUGGUUCCGGUUCAACGAAGGCAUGUCCAACGCUGUCAGACGAAACGUCUACAUCAGAGAACUACUGUAACACACACUCUGUGUAUCUGUUUGUCUUGUGCGAAAUUAAAUCAUCCAAAUUGCUCCAUAAUCCUUCUGUUAAAAACAGUCUUUAUUUGAAUUGACAGUGUAAAGAGCCAAUAAAAAGGUAUUGUUGAA